AUGGCCACUGAAGCAAGCCAGCCUCCGGCGCUCAACGGCCUGAGCAUCGACGAAAAAGCCCCAGAGACCAAGGCCGUCGGCCAGAUUGUGACGCCCUUCGACGUCUCUGGUGGAGUGGACGAGUCUGGCAAGCUGUUGCCUGUUGACUACGAGAAGCUGACGAGGGAAUUCGGCGCCACACCCAUCAAUGCAGCUCUAUUGGAGCGAUUCGAAAAAGUGACUGGCCACCGGCCACACCGUUUUAUGCGCCGGAGCAUUGUGUUCAGCCACCGCGAUCUGUCAAAGAUUCUGGAUAAGCAUGAGAAGGGGGAGCCAUUUUUCCUCUACACUGGCCGUGGGCCGAGUAGCAACAGCAUGCACGUUGGCCACACCGUCCCGUUCGAGUUCACCAAGUGGCUCCAGGAUGUGUUCGAUGUUCCCCUCGUGAUUAUGAUGACAGAUGACGAGAAGUUCAUGCACUCCCAAAAGAUCGAGAUCGAGGACUCUAAACGAUACACCAAAGCAAAUGCCAAGGAUAUCAUCGCUGUCGGAUUUGACAUGAAGAAGACCUUUAUCUUCAGUGAUUUCGAGUUCAUCGGUGGUGCUUUCUACGAGAACAUGUGCCGCAUGGCAAAGAGAAUCACUAUUAACCAGGUCAAGGGCACUUUCGGCUUCAACGACAGCAACAACAUUGGCGAAUUCCACUUCUGUGCCACUCAGUCUGCUGCGGCCUUCUCCACCAGUUUCCCUCACAUCUUCGGCACCGAGACCAAGAAGGUUGCCUCAAUUCCUUGCUUGAUCCCCUGCGCCAUUGACCAGGAUCCCUACUUCCGCCAAUGCCGCGAGCACGCCGAGAAAAUGAAGUUCAAGAAGCCCUCUCUCAUCCACUCUAUCUUCCUUCCCGCCCUCCAGGGUCCUGGAUCCAAGAUGUCCGCCAGUGUCGAUAGUUCCGCCAUCUUCAUGAGCGAUACGCCAAACAAGAUCAAGAACAAGAUCAACAAGCACGCUUUCUCUGGUGGCCAGGACACCGCAGAGUUGCAGCGCGAGCUGGGUGGCAACACCAAGAACGAUAUCCCAUUCCAGUACCUGACAUUCUUCCUCGAGGAUGACGCGGAGUUGGAGCAGAUCCGCACCGACUAUGAGAGCGGCAAGAUGAUGACCGGCGAGAUCAAGCAGAAAUGUAUUGCUGAGCUUCAGAAGUACGUCCAGGGCUUCCAGGAGCGCCGGGCAAAGGUCACGGAUGAGAUCAUGGCUGAGUACAUGCGUCCCCGACCUUUGGAGUGGAAGGGGAAUCCCAACCCGGUUGUGGUUGAGAAGGCCAAGAAAUAG